AUGACCUUUCUCGUUGGAAAGCCACUCAGUCUGGCUAUCACGGCCACUGCUGGCAGUGGUUUCUUGCUUUUCGGAUAUGACCAGGGUGUCAUGUCGGGUCUGUUGACCGGCGAGGCCUUUGUGCGGACUUUUCCUGAGAUUGAUACCACGGCGAAUGGAAAUGGGAGUUCGUCGUUGCAGGGGACAGUGGUUGCCAUUUAUGAGAUUGGCUGCUUCUUUGGUGCCAUCAUGUCCUUGAUGCUGGGUGAGCGGCUCGGAAGACGGUGGUGCAUCCUCGCCGGCUGUGUGAUUUUGUCGGUCGGUGCCAUUCUUCAGGCGACUGCCUAUGGCAUUCCCCAGAUGAUCGUUGGGCGUAUUGUUGCUGGUGUUGGCAACGGUCUCAACACCAGUACUAUCCCUGUGUGGCACUCGGAACUGAGCAAGGCCUCGAGCCGUGGCAAAGGGCUUGCCAUCGAGCUGGUGAUCAAUAUCUUUGGUGUCAUGACAGCCUACUGGGUUGACUACGGCAUGAGCUACGUGAACAACGAAUCCCAAUUCCGCUUCCCCCUCGCCCUACAAGUCCUCUUCGCCAUCAUCACCUUUAUCGGCGUGAUCUUCCUCCCCGAGUCCCCUCGCUGGCUCAUCGCCCACGACCGCCACAGCGAGGCCCGUAAAGUCCUCUGGUCCGUCCAGCCCAACGCCCGACUGAUCCAAGAGAACGACCCGGUCAUCAAUAUGGAAAUGGCAGAAAUCACCCGGACCAUGGCCGAGGAGCGCCAGGCAAGCGAGUCGGGAUCCUUCAAGAUGCUUCUGAAGGAUGGACCGCAGCGCUUCCGCACUCGCACUCUGCUGGCUAUGGGUGGGCAGAUGAUGCAGCAGUUGUCGGGUGUGAACCUCAUUACCUAUUACAACACUGUCAUCUUCGAGAAUUCCGUCGGCAUGUCGCAUAACCUGGCUCUGCUCUUGGCUGGAUUCAACGGUGUCGCUUACUUUGUCUCGACCUUUGUCCCUGUCUGGGCUAUUGAUCGACUCGGUCGUCGCCCACUCAUGCUCUUUGCCGCUGCCGGACAGUGCGCGUGCAUGGCGAUUCUCGCUGGAACGGUCUAUGAUGGCGGCCACGCGGCUGGUAUUGUGGCCACAGUGAUGCUCUUCCUGUUCAACUUUUUCUUCGCGGUUGGAUUGCUUGCCAUCCCAUGGCUGCUGCCCGCUGAAUACGCACCCCUGGCCAUCCGAACCCGCACUGCGGCCCUUGCGACUGCAACCAACUGGAUCUUCACCUUCCUCGUCGUGGAAAUCACCCCAGUCAGCAUUUCCAACAUCGGAUACCGCACAUACAUCUACUUUGCCGUCUUCAACUUCUGCUUCCUCCCAAUAAUCUACUUCCUCUACCCAGAAACCCGCAAUCUCACCCUCGAACAAAUCGACCUCCUUUUCACUGGCGAAAAAGUGCGCCUGCACUGGGACUCGUCGCUCGGUGUGGCGGGGGACACGGAGCACAGACUGCGGGAAAAAGACGUGGAGGACCGCGAGGUGCAGCAUGUGGAGUGA